AUGUGCAAGAAGACAAAAGGAGCUAGAUAUACCCAAUCCAUCAGUUCCGUUUCUGACAAGCUCUCCCAAUGUCAUCGCAUUUUCAGCAGUCUUGAUUAUACAAGAGACGUUGUCAUUACUGGAUUCGACACCCCAUUUGAAGAAUACGAUGAAAAUCCAUCGGCAGUGGUGCUGGAUGAGCUGUUGAAGGAACCUAUUAAAAAUGUCAAAAUACAUCCAUUUAAAAUUCCCGCGACGUAUGAAGCUGUGGUUGAGAAGCUUCCAGAGCUUCGAGAGAACUGUCCGGAUGAUGUAAUUCAUUUGGCGUCGCACAAUAUCAAAAAUACAAUCUACUUCCAACAAAAAGCAUAUUUCGAUGGUUACUGUAGAGAGGAUAUGAAUGGAUAUGUUCCCGAAGGAAAUCGGAUCGAGUUUUUAGAAGAAGAUGAGGAUUUGAAAAAAUUGAAACCAUUUGUGGAUUUCGAUUAUUUAGUGGAUGAAGUUACCGAAAAAUGUGGACUAGAUGGAAAACGAUUCGGUGGGCUUAAAGUGGAAAAAUCAAACGAUCCGGGAAGAUUUGUCGGAGGUUAUCUAUACUAUCUCUCAAUUCGUGAGGGCCCCGUCAACACCUUAUUCAUCCAUGUGCCCCCGUUUGAAGGAGAAUGCACAAAAGAAGCUGUCGCCGGCGUCAUCCGCGAAGUGAUUCGUUUUUUGACCAGAAAUGAUUUUUAG